AUGGGAUAUUCAGUUUGCUUCUGCUUGGGGCUGUUGUAUGGCCGGCUGAACCCGAACCAGCUUCCUUUGUAUGCUGCUGCUCCGCAGCAGCAGCAGCAGCAGCAGCAGAAGCAGCAGCAGCAGCAGCAGAAAAAGAGGAAGAGACAGCGGUUCCGCUGCGCCCCCUGGAUCGGACUCGUGACGCGAGAGCAAGUUGCUAUCCGCAGGAGACAGGCUGAGAUUCAGCAGCAGCAGCAGCAGCAGCAGCAGCAGCAGCAGCAGCAGCCGUGUUGCGGCGCUGCCGACUGCAUCUGCACUGCUGCUGGUCCUGCUGCUGCUGCUGCUGCUGCACCUCAAGGCCCAGUGGGCGGCGAGUCGCUGCCCACUGCGGGCUCUUGCUGCCACGGCGACAGCAGCAGCAGCAGCAGCAGCAGCAGCAGCAGCAGCAGCAGCAGUGUACCUGCUGCAGCAGCAACAGUUGCUCCUGCUGCUGCCUGGGAACCUAGUGCCGCAGCAACGAGCAGCAGCUCCGGGCCUCCGUCAGGCCCAGCAACAACAACAACAGCAGCAGCAGCAGCAGCAGCAGCAGCAGCAGCAGCAGCAGCAGCAAACGACGCAGACUGGGAACCCCCCUGGCCUGCUUCUCCCGGGGCUGAGCCUUCAGUCCCUUUGAAUUUGUGUCUCCUCACAAUUCACUGCAGCUGCGACGACGAAGACUUUCUCCUCAGAGUCUCCUUGGACAAGGUGAGCGACGACCUGCCGUCUCUGUCGGAACUCGAGCGCUGCUACACUAUUCAUGGAGAAAGAUUUUCUUUGUCAGCUUUGGACAGAAAGUUGUCGAACUUGCAAGAAAUAGAGACGCAAAGCAAGCAGCUGCUGCUGCUGCUGCAGGCUGCCCACAGCAGCAGCAGCAGCAGAGCAGCAGCCGAAAAAAACCUCGUCAGAAAAGGCGGCAGACACCUUGUCCUCGCCAGGGUCCCCACGCGGCACUUACCCACGCUCUCCAGCAGCAGCAGCAGCAGCAGCAGCAGCAGCAGCAGCAGCGGCGUAGAUGCGGUGGACCCAGCACAAAGUCGGGUGCCUUCGGAAGACAAACUCCAGCAGCAGCAGCAGCAGCAGCAGCAGCAGCAGCUGCCCCCUGCCGCAGGUGUGACGGGCGCAGGGGAUGGCAGCAGCGCUGCUGCCGACAGCAGCAGCAGCAGCAGCAGCAGCAGCAGCAGCAGCAGCAGCUCUUACGGGGACUUUGUGGACCGGAGCGAGCUGCGCUUUGACUGGCAGCUGCGGGGAGUUGCUGCGCGGCUGGAAGCAGAAAAGAGACAAAGCAGCGAAGGUGCAGCAGCAGCAGCAGCAGCAGCAACUUUGUCUCUUUCGCAAACUUAUGACAAUCUCUUUUUGCUGCUGCAGUCAGUGAACAGCCAUGUGCUCAGGGCCAAAGCAGCACACCUGAGCUGCCAGCUGCGCUGCAUUGAAAGAGAUGCCAUUAACACCAAAAACAAGUUGCUGCUAAACCAGCAGCAGCAGCAGCAGCAGCAGCAGCAGCAGCAGCAGCAGCGCGGGGAAGGGGCGGGCGAGGAGUGGGAUGCAGCGGAAACGGCGCAGCAGCAGCAGCUGAAGCGCGAGCAGCAGCAGCUGCAGCAGCAAGCCAGCCGGCAGCUGGAGCUGCUGCAGCAGGGCAGAGCCCUAGUCAAAAUGUAUGCAGCAGAAGAGCAGCAGCAGCAGCAGCUGCUGCUGCUGUGGAGGGAGGUCUUUAUGGCUCUUGUGCAUCUGCCCCCGGGCACUCCGCCAAACCCUCACAUCCGCAACGGCAGGCGGCUGCAGCAGCUCUUCUAG